ACAUUCUUCUAGAAAAUUACUAAUUCCAGGGAGGAAGGAGGAGGUGUCUGGUUUUGAAUACCAAGCCAGAAAGACUCCGGUAUGGAAAUGACCCAGAGAAGCAUGUCCUAAGCAGCUCUGCUGCGGAAGGUAAGGAACGGGCCCAUUGUGGAUGGUCCUUCAAUGAAGAUUUCUCCUUCUGGAAGCCAAGGCAGGUUAGAAUCCAGCUUCAUUACCAAAGAGGCAGUGAACUCAGGUCUCUUUAUCUCCAGAAAAAGAAAAAUUGACACCUUGCAUCCUGGAAGUUCAUUUAGCACUGUGAAAUUAGGAACUUCUUUCAAAUUUGGAUAUGGCUAAUCGAGGAGCAACAAGACCCAAUGGGCCAAAUACUGGAAAUAAAAUAUGCCAGUUCAAACUAGUACUUCUGGGAGAAUCUGCUGUUGGCAAAUCAAGCCUAGUGCUCCGUUUUGUGAAAGGCCAAUUUCAUGAAUUUCAAGAGAGUACCAUUGGGGCUGCUUUUCUAACCCAAACUGUGUGUCUUGAUGACACAACAGUAAAGUUUGAAAUAUGGGAUACAGCUGGUCAAGAGAGAUACCAUAGCCUAGCACCAAUGUACUACAGAGGAGCACAAGCAGCCAUAGUUGUGUAUGAUAUCACAAAUGAGGAGUCUUUUGCAAGAGCGAAAAACUGGGUUAAAGAACUUCAGAGGCAAGCAAGUCCUAACAUUGUAAUAGCCUUAUCAGGAAACAAGGCUGAUCUAGCAAACAAAAGAGCUGUAGAUUUCCAGGAAGCACAGUCUUAUGCAGAUGACAACAGUUUGUUAUUCAUGGAGACAUCAGCUAAAACAUCAAUGAAUGUAAAUGAAAUAUUCAUGGCAAUAGCUAAAAAGCUACCAAAGAAUGAACCACAGAAUCCAGGAGCAAAUUCUGCUAGAGGAAGAGGAGUGGACCUUACUGAACCGACACAGCCAACCAGGAGUCAGUGUUGUAGUAACUAAAUCUCCAGUUUGAACUAGCUGGUAUUUUCUGCUUCCUAAACAUUAAUAACAGUGGAAUUGGAGCAUUUAACCGGCCCAGUAUGACUUCCAAAAAGAAGAGACUUAUGAUAGAUGUCAAGUUUCUAAUACAGGAUUAUUUUAAGUGUUUUGAACUUAAUUUUUAAUAACGUGCAUGUAUCCCUCUGACUAAUGUUUCAGCAAUAGAAAGGGAAAAUGACUGUGUAUAAUUGUUUCAUUGACAGUUAGAGGGAAUAAUUUCUCAUCAUUAGGGAUAAAGACAAAUGACUACUUGGACCUAUAGUCACUCAGUUUUUCCAGACUGGGACAAUGGUCAUCUCUGAAAAUGAUUUGGAAAUUAACUAAUUUGGGCUUUUGAAAAACAUUUUUAGAAGGAGAUUUUAAAAAUAUGCCUAGCUACAGUAUUCACAUCAAUGAUCAUUUCUUCUGUUAUCUAAAGUCUACAUUCCACAGUUAAAAAAUUACUACAAGGAAAUGGUCCCACUUCUUCAGGAAGAAAGAAGAAAUGUUUGUAGCACCUAAAUUGUAGCUAGUUGUUUGUUUUUUUAAAAGUGGGAUUUUAAUAAGUCAUCUGUAACCCCAUCUUGUUCUAGGAACACAAAAACUGAUAAAUGCAUUUUAAUGGGUAGUGUUACCUUCUUGUGAGCUCAUCAACAAAAAAUGGAAACCAACCAGGUGUCUGUGAUUUCUAUUUAAUCACUGCUGGCCAUUAUAUAUAUCUUGUAAGGGAGGGAGGGGCUCUUGUUCCCUCCUGAUAUAAUAGAGUCAGUGCACUAACAAUUAUGUACGUUUAAACUUGAUUAUUUUAAAUUUGAUCUUCAACUGUACUGUAAAUAGGGUACUGCAUUGUAGUCUCCAUAUGUUUAUUAUUUUCUGUAAUAUUUAAGAAUUGCUUAAAAGUAUACAAAAUGUACAGUUACUAAAACAGCUAAUUAUUUCUUUCUCCUCCUUUGAAAAGAAGGGGCUUCAGGUUGUUCCUACAUGGCUAGAACCAUAAUAAACAAUGCACCUGUAAUUUGUAACAUAAGUAUUACGACGCUAGUAACAAUCUUGCAGCUUUGUUUUUCAAAGUCUAUUUUAUUUUGAUCAGUUCAGUAUAUUGCACUAAUUAUUUUAGGUAUUUUCAUUAUAUGAAAUCUACCAUGUGUCAGAGAUGAUUUAAUCUAUUUAAGUGUUGAACUGCUAGCAGAACUUGUACAUUUUACAGUAAUUGAGAAUUAGUAAGGAAAACAGUUCACCAGUGUUUAGUUUUAUAUUGAGGUGCUCAGGUUGGAAUAAAGUGGUAUAAAAAGCA